CGGCGCGCGCCGGGUACGCGCGCCGGCGAACAUGGCGUUCGCCCGGCUAGAGCGAGUACUUUAAUCCCGGGAGGCGACGGCAGCGGCGGCGGCGAGGGAGCGAGCCUCGAGCGGGCGGGCCCCAGCCUGAGGGAAGGGAGGAAGGGGCGGGGAGAGCGCCGGAGGGAGGCCGGUCGGCCGCGGGCGGGCGGGCAGCGCAGCGCCGAGCGGGGCCCGCGGGUCCAUGAGGAGGCCCCGGGACCAUGGGCUCCAGGAUCAAGCAAAACCCAGAGACUACAUUUGAAGUGUAUGUGGAAGUGGCCUAUCCUAGGACUGGUGGCACUCUUUCAGAUCCUGAGGUGCAGAGGCAAUUCCCGGAGGACUACAGUGACCAGGAAGUUCUACAGACUUUGACCAAGUUUUGUUUUCCCUUCUAUGUGGACAGUCUCACAGUUAGCCAAGUUGGCCAGAACUUCACGUUUGUGCUCACUGACAUUGACAGCAAACAGAGAUUCGGGUUCUGCCGCUUAUCUUCAGGAGCCAAGAGCUGCUUCUGUAUCUUAAGCUACCUCCCCUGGUUCGAGGUAUUUUAUAAGCUCCUUAACAUCUUGGCAGAUUACACGACAAAACGACAGGAAAGUCAGUGGAAUGAACUUCUUGAAACUCUGCACAGACUUCCCAUCCCUGACCCCGGAGAGGCUGUUCACCUCAGCGUGCAUUCUUACUUCACUGUGCCUGAUACCAGAGAGCUUCCUAGCAUACCUGAGAAUAGAAAUCUGACAGAAUAUUUUGUGGCUGUGGAUGUGAACAACAUGUUGCAUCUGUACGCCAGCAUGCUGUACGAGCGCCGGAUCCUCAUCAUCUGCAGCAAGCUCAGCACCUUGACUGCCUGCAUCCACGGCUCUGCUGCCAUGCUCUACCCCAUGUACUGGCAGCACGUGUACAUCCCUGUGCUGCCCCCGCACCUGCUGGACUACUGCUGUGCUCCCAUGCCCUACCUCAUAGGAAUCCAUUUAAGUUUAAUGGAGAAGGUCAGAAACAUGGCCCUAGAUGAUGUUGUGAUCUUGAACGUGGACACCAACACCCUGGAAACUCCUUUUGAUGACCUCCAGAGCCUUCCAAAUGAUGUGAUCUCCUCCCUGAAGAACAGGUUGAAGAAGGUCUCCACAACCACCGGUGAUGGGGUAGCUAGAGCCUUCCUCAAGGCACAGGCUGCUUUCUUUGGCAGCUACCGGAAUGCUCUAAAGAUUGAACCAGAAGAGCCCAUCACCUUCAGUGAAGAAGCCUUCGUGUCCCACUACCGCUCUGGAGCCAUGAGGCAGUUCCUACAGAAUGCAACUCAGUUGCAGCUCUUCAAACAGUUUAUUGAUGGCCGACUAGACCUUCUCAAUUCCGGUGAAGGUUUCAGCGAUGUCUUUGAGGAGGAGAUCAACAUGGGCGAGUAUGCUGGUAGUGAUAAACUGUACCAUCAGUGGCUGUCCACAGUCCGGAAAGGAAGUGGAGCGAUUCUGAAUACUGUAAAAACAAAAGCUAACCCAGCCAUGAAGACUGUCUACAAAUUUGCAAAAGAUCAUGCAAAAAUGGGAAUAAAAGAGGUGAAAAAUCGCUUGAAGCAAAAGGACAUCACCGAGAAUGGCUGUGCUUCCUCUGCAGAAGAGCCACUGCCAAAAACCAUGCCAUCUCCACUGACAGAGGCCAAGGACCCCAAACUUCGAGAAGACAGGAGGCCAAUCACAGUCCACUUUGGGCAGCUACAAAGACUCCAUCCCACUCGGCCGCCGCCUCCCAAGAUCCAGCGCUCAAGGCCCGUACGACCACCUCGUCCUCAUGUCGUCAAGAGACCCAAGAGCAACAUCACUGUGGAAGGCCGGAGGACAUCUGUUUCAAGCCCUGAGCAGUAUUUCCUGAAUGGAGGAACAUAGGAAAUGGUGAAGGAAGAUGCCUGCUCACAGUCCACCAACCCUGGAGAUCAGGAAAAUGCCAAUAAACAAGCACAAACACCUAACAAGCACUCACUGUAUGCCAGGUGUGCAUGAACUAUGACUGAAGCUGCUUGCACCUUGCCUGCCCUGACCCUGCAAGAGCUAGGAGCUGCCACCAGCUCAGGAGCAAGUCAAGUCUCCAGGAUGCCAGCUGGGCCUGGGCCCCAGGGGGGCUAACCCCCUGGCAGGCUGCCAAUACCUACUGCCUGAGCAACCAGAAAUCCAAACACCCUCACAGAAGGUCACAGGCCCAAUUAGCAGAGUGAGAGGCCCCUGACCUGACUCAGCACCUCCCCAGUGGAUUCUGGGUGGUAGAGACAAAGAGAAUCCUGAAGCCAUAUGAGGCACUGGAGCCAGAACUGGAAAAGGAAGAACCAACAGUAACCCCCAUCCAAGAGUGUCCAAGCUGGGGGUGUCUCUACCACACCGGCAAUGGCUCAUAUGACUGGAGACACCAUAGCCCUUUCACUGGCUAUUCACGCGACUGAGCACAAAGGUCCCUCAGCAGUCAAAGAAAGCUGCACCCACACAUCCGCAGCAUCCUCCCCACACACAGAAGGACAGUUCCCAAGCACUAUCACCACAGAAACUGAUUCCCUCUGGAAAGCUCCAAGGAGUCACCCUUUCCAUUACCUCUUAAAGGCUUUAACACUUAGCUGAGACCCCUGCCUCUUAUACUUUCCAUGCCACAAUAGCUUAUUGUGUUCCCAGCCCCAUCAUGGGUCACACCUAACCUCCCUGAGCCCAGCCAGGACAGCAUGAGCCCCUCUCAAACACAAAGGAGCCAGGCCUCUAGCAAGUGGAACAACUUACCCUGAGGCUGAGUCACACACCUAGGAAUGUCGUGAGAGGUCCCUCUCCUGCCACAGCUUCCAUGGCCCUCAGGGUUGUUCUGAGGGUGAAGGGCUGAGUUCACACAAUGUUGGUAUCUCCAGACUCUCCCUAUCCUCACCUUAGCCCGAAGCACAGAGCCCAGAGGGUGGCAAUGUCUUAUUCCUGUGCAUGUUCCCUGCUAACUUAGUAAGGACCUUCUCUGGCCAUGCUUGAACCACAAGUCUGGGCUUACCAUAUGGGCAUUAGAGAAUUCUGUUGACAGAAGGGAUGGCCACAAAGGCUGAGGAAUGCCUCAGUGGGUGCAUUAGUGGAGAGUAGAAAAUAAAUAAUAAGCCCAAGAGAGAGACCAGGACUAGCCGUCUUCCUGCUCCUGAUGAUAGCCCUACCACCUGGCCACACGUCACCUCAGCCUACCCAAGCCAUCUAUCCUUACACUAUCCAAGGCUCCCACCCCCAGGUCUGCUCUCUCCUGAACAACCCACCCUUGAUGCUCUCAGAGGUACCCCUGGCCAUCAAGCCACAUUUGUUCUGCUCAGGAUGAAAGUGCAGAGUCCAUGUCAUUUUCUAGGGAGCCUCAUCUGAGAGUCUUUGAGCCAAGGGUACCCCUGACCCCUGCUGUCUCUUGGCAAAGCCAGUUUCCAAGGAAAUGGAAGGAUCUGGAUUCUUGCCGAUGACAAUAGGAAUUAUCACUGACAGCAGAAUAGCCCUUGUUCUGAUGGUGACUGGUGAUGGCAAUGACCCUCGCUCUUCAGCAGAUAUUCAUGUAACUGAGUACAAACAUCCCUGUGUACAUAGUUCCUGUGUCAGCCUUUAGCUCCUCCCUCAACGCAGCAGCUCUUACUCUGGCUGCCUCCGGCUCCCAGAGGUACCCAACCUUGCUUCAGAGCCCUUUCUGCUUUUCAGCCACUACCAAGUCUGUGGUUGGGGGGAUGGUCCUAUAUCAUGUGGUUAGAAGAGCUGUGGGAAUUCUAGGUAAGGCUGGCUGGGUGAUACCCAUCUCCUGAGAUACAUCCAGUGGAGGACCACUCGUAUGGAUGAUAACAACCACCUCUUCAUCCCUGACCAGGAGAGAGAUGUCCAACAUCACUGUGUAAAGCAGCGUGGGGACAUCAGCUGAGGGCUCAGUACUUAGUAGGCACCGUGCAAAGCCCUUGGUGAGGAUUUCACUUUCCUGCUCAGGCCUUCAGGAAAGCACAGCAUCCCCAUUUGCAGAGAACUCAAGGUCCAAGGAGGUAAAGCGACUUUGCCAAGGUGUCCGGAAAGAAAGGAAAAAGAAGUUGAAAAUGGGCAGGCUGGCCUUCUCCAUUGCCUGUCUAUACAAGUUACCCAACCAGGACUGUGUCAUCAAGAAACACAAAGUAGCCAGGCCAUUUACAAAGUGAAGACCCUUUGUGCCAGCGUGAAAUGAUUCUUCUAAAAUGAUCAUGGUGUCCCCUCAUUACCUCAGGAGACCAAGGCCUGGAUGAUUUCCUCCCAUCUUUAUCUCAAGUGCAUUUAAAUGUCAAUUAAAUUUGAAACAUCUACAUUUGUCAGCACUUCAUUUCGGGCCAGCGUGAUGUGCAGCUGAUUUGUCCAUGCGAUGUGACACAUUAAAAAACUCUCGAUGUAGAUCUUCCUCAUUAAAAAAUAAGCCAGUGCGAUCCUGAAGCAGCAGAGAGCGCAGAGCACAUCCCGGCUUCCUGAUGCCGUGUCUCUGACAUGGUAUUUAAAAAGGAACAGCCUCGCCUGUCACCACUGUCACACACGCGCGCUAACCAGCGACACGUUAAACCAAACAUUAGAAAGGGCUCAGGAGUCAUCCACAUGGGAACCCCACUGCAGGGUGGACAAGGCAGGGGCAGCAGGGAGAUGAUAGGUCCAAGCUGUGAUGGACAGAGCCUUUCUCUCACGCCGUGACAUCACAGCCCUUGCUGGGUAGCCAAGUUCAGCGAGGCCUGCCUUUUCCCAGACAGCCCCUUUGUGUGUAAUAAAAUGCAGGCAAAUGGUGGGGGGCAGACUGCAGGGUAGUAGCUGAAUUGGGUUAAUGAGGGAAGAGGUACAGUUUUUUAUAUUCUGCCUUAAGCUAAUAAAAAAUUUAAACCUGGACAUUUUCGAUGGUUCAUCCUUUAUCCCUGACAAAUAUCUGACUGUAUCUUUCAUGGGAGAACAUGAGCAGCUGAAUUUAAAUAAGUUUAUUUUGAAACCUCAUCUUUCAUUAAAAGGGGAAGUGGAAACCCCCUACCUCUCAUUUCAUUGUUUCAGCUCCAGGGAACAGGUGGCAGGACCCUGUGGUGUUUAGAGACAGGCAAAUCUAGAUUCCACUCCAGCCCCAUCUUCAGCUGCUGUGUGACCCCAGGCUAGGAACACCCCUUCUCUGAGCUUUGCUUUCUCUGUUAUGAAAAAUUAGUGAGAAAUUGUGUGGACAGCAUGUGAGUUGUUUUCUGAGUCAUCACCAUCCUUGUGUCCUGGACAUGACAAAGCUCUGAUUGACCAAAUCACAUGGCACAUUUCCCGCCAGUGCCUGUCACUCAAGAAGCAGUGAUGUGCUAUGAACACCUGAGCCUGGCCUGCCGUCAGAGCCAGCUGGAAGAAGCUAGGUGUAGACUGAGAAGUAGCGCUCCCUCUCCUGCUUCCUGCAGUCACAGCACGGGGACACCGGGGGAGGACCCAGGUGUUAAAGCUGACCCGCCCUGCAGCACUUUAAUGACACCAAAGUCCUCCUAGCAUAAAGGCUCUCUCUCUGCUCUCUGGGAAUGUGACAGGAAUGAUCUGUGCCAGGGAAGGGGCUCGUGCUUUCUGUAGGUGUCGAAGAGGCAUUCGCAGUGAAUUUGAGGCUCACCAAGCACUUGGCUCUAUGUGACCCAGGUAAGGACAUUCUCUCGUGUGUAUCUGUGGUCAGCGCUGUGAUUCUUAGGAGAGCCUGAGCUAGAGCCCCUGGCUUGCUUUCUGUCUUGGUUAUCUGCUCACUUUUCUCUCCUUCAUCAGUAGUCCCCUAGCAGAUCCCUAGCUCUAGAUCUGCUUAAGCACAGUCAGGAAAUGCACUCUGGGUAGGUAGGUAGGUGCUCAGACAAAGGGGGAGAUGGCUAGACGGCUGCAUGUUAGGUUGCUGUUCUCAGAGGCACCCCAGGUAAUAACAGGUUACUCCAGCAGUAGGGAUCACAGCACUGGCCACCCCAGUGCCUGUGGUGUUAACCUGAACCCUAUCUUGAGGCUUCUGCUCUUAAUCCUGUACACUUUGUAUGUAAGUAUCUCAGGGGUCACAUUAUCAGAGCCCUAAAGUAAUGAAGAGAUCUGUGUAAUGUGUUAGGUGCUCUUAGAGGAGGAAGGAUCCCCAGCAUGCCAGCCCUCAGUCUAUCAACCACAAACCUUCAUCCUACUAAACGUGGGCCCCAGGAGGAAGAAAAGCAGCAAUGGCCAGGCCCCUGGCCUUGAGCUCAAUCAGGAACAGAAUUGCAGAUUAACUGGAGUCCAUGAGGUACCAAGACCCACAGCCAAGUAUAGAUGGGAACUUCAGGUCCUUCCUAGGGGUUGACAUCUGGGUCAGGUCUUCAAGAUGGAAAAACAGUUUUGGGAUAGACAGGCACAAAAUCUGAGUGGCAAAGGAUGCCUGCUCAGAGAUGACUCUCCAGCUUAAGUGCCAUGGAUGGGUGGGAAGGGGCCUCAAGGCUUGGCCUACAAUCCACCCAUACCCAGUAUGUACCUCAAGCUGCCCAGAGUGGAGUGAAAAUGCUGGGAUUUCUGCCCCACACCAGCUAGAAACUGUCCCAUGCUUGAGAGCAGAGGCAAAAGAGAGAGAUCAGUUUACUUCUGCAUCUGAAUAUUUCUCUUUACCCCUUCUGCAAUGGAUUAGCUUGUCCCUUCUACUCAGCCUCAUAGGCUAUGAAGGCAGCAGGGACCUAGUUUCAUGCUAGGCCAGAAGAAACACGUUUCUUCAUGCAGAGCCUCCUGCCAUCAGCAUCCUUCCACAGCAGUCUUUCUCCAGUUGUGGAAGAGCUAAGGUGUCUCAUGCUAGGUAUCAGGUGGUCUGGGAAUGGAAGUUAGCACAGCCCUGUAUCUGCCCCUUCCUGAUGCAUGACCCGACCCUGGGCUAGCCACAACCUCCACUGAAGUCUGAGGAGAAAGCUCAUGGCGAGCCUGCAGGGACAGGAAAGAAAAUGAGGCUAUACAGCCGGAAGUGCUGCAGCUUUGAAUGGUUCUGGGAGCUACUUCAAGUAAUAAGAGGAUAGCGCUCGGAAUGUGGUCACAGCACUGCCAUGACAGGGCCCUCCUCAGCCUCCUGUACAGGCCUGUGUGUACUUGUUUCAAAUGUGUUGCCCUUCCCUAAAUCAGCCUGAAAGGACUGCCAGAGUGGAAAGUACAGGAAGGCUGCUUCUGAAGGCAAAUGGCCCUGAUACCUAGCGUCUCCUGACUCUCUCCCCAAAACUUCACUGUUCUCUCUCAGGGCUACUCACAGUGAGCCCAGCCACUGACAGGGGCAGAGGUGUUAGCUGCAACAGCAUCCAUGGUGGGGCUAGGAUUUGAACCUGCCACAGUUUGAGCUCUCUUCUCCUGGGCCCACAGCCUCUCGUGGGCACCGCUGGUCAGUAUAUAAUUGAUAGGAGCCAGGUGUGGACUCUGGGUUGGGUGUGUUUUUGUUUAUGGCGCUAGAGUGCACAGGUGGCUGACAAGGGAGAUAUAUUUUUUAUAACAAUGAAUAUUUAAUUUCCACAUCACAGAUAAAAAAGACUCUCUGAAGAAGCAUCCAAGGGAGACUCCAGAGAGGGCAGCUAAUCAGAAAAGGGUCUUCUCGGGGGUUGCUUCCACGUUGCUCAUUUUUUGCUUAACUUUUUCCUGACUGAUUAUUGAGGUAGAGAUAUGCAUGCUGUAGAAAAAAAAAAAAAAAGAA